AAGCCCAAUGGCGAAAAGCCAGAUGAGUUCGAGUCUGGAAUAUCCCAGGCUCUCCUGGAGCUGGAGAUGAACUCAGACAUGAAGGCUCAGCUGAGGGAGCUGAACAUCACUGCAGCAAAGGAAAUUGAAGUUGGUGGUAGCAGGAAAGCCAUCAUCAUCUUUGUCCCCGUGCCCCAGCUGAAAUCUUUCCAGAAGAUUCAGGUGCGACUCGUGAGGGAGCUGGAAAAGAAGUUCAGCGGAAAACACGUGGUCUUCGUUGCACAGAGGAGAAUCCUGCCCAAACCAACCAGGAAAAGCCGUAUCAAGAAUAAGCAGAAGCGUCCCAGGAGCCGUACUCUGACUGCCGUGCACGAUGCCAUCCUUGAAGAUCUGGUCUUCCCCAGUGAGAUUGUUGGCAAGAGGAUCCGCGUGAAGCUGGACAGCAGUCGGCUCAUCAAGGUCCACCUUGAUAAGGCUCAGCAGAACAAUGUGGAACACAAAGUUGAGACCUUCUCCGGUGUCUACAAGAAGCUCACAGGCAAAGACGUUGUUUUUGAAUUCCCCGAAUUCCAACUGUAG